AUGUCCAGGCCAGCUGGAGAAAUAAAGAGGACAGAAAUGAGCAUCCAGGAAAUCAACCAGGAAUUGCAUUCCCAGCUGGCAAAGUGCAAACAGAAUUUCAGAGACCUCUCAGAGAAAUUCCUUAUAUCCCAAGCUACUUUGUACUCCCUGGUCAAUCAGCUGCAGAAAUAUAAGGCCAAAGCGCAUAAGGACAUCCUGGAGUCUGUGCUGGGGGAGAAGCUGCAGUUUGAGGAGGAGGAGCUGGCAGAGAAGCCCGGAGCAGCUGCAGGGCUCGGGACACUGUGGAAAAUACAAGUAGGGAGAGACGUGGCUGACCUACUCAAACAGCUCUUCAUAGACCUAAUCGCCCAGAAUCAGCCUGACAACUGCCAGUGGCCAACCUUUCGAGAGAAACUGGAUCAAGGACGCAAGCUGGCAGAGUGCCUUUACCGAAAGUUCUGGUCAGAAAAUUAUGAAGAUGAGGAGGAUGAAGAAGAACAAGAAUCAUGGUAUCCCAGCUGGGAGCUGGAGAAGGAUGUAAUGCAGGAAGUCCUGCAGGACUCAAUGGAUGAACAUUAUUUGAGUCCUUCCAAUCACAAUAUCCUGUCUGAUUCCCAACAGCUUCCAUGUAGCACCUCCUCUUUCUUUCGUGAACAUGGAAUCUUCUGUGUUCUGGAUGCAGCCAGUAACUACAACCCUACUAGGCUCAGCAGUGAACUGGAAGACACAAUGGAGGAAGUCUUGCAGGACUCAGUGGAUGAACCUUAUUUGAGUCCUUCCAAUCACAAUGAUCUGCCUGAUUCCUAA